CAGAGCUGCUGUGGCAUGCUGUCUCUAUGGAAACCAGUUUAGUUGGUGCAGUGCGUUUGCGUGGUUUGAAUAUUCCUGUUUGCUAGCACAUCCACAAUAUAAAAGACGUAGCUUUUAUGAAGUGAUCCGUGUUGCCAUUUGAGCUAGAUUUACAGAGGAUUGCUUGAGGUGAGCAUUAACUAGACAAAUUGCACGGCGUUCUCGAGAGGAGUUUUUUCGACAGGCCAUUUUUUUCAACUUUGUUGUCGUAUUAUUAGCGAGCUAACGUCAACCGAAGCAGGUGAACAGGUAACGUUAUGUGUGACCAUAUUAAGCUGCAAAUGUAGUUUACGCCAGCUGCGAUCUGACAUUUAGCACCCAUCAGGAAUAUCACGGAUCUUUUCUUCAUGUGUCAACAGCCAUAUCUGGAUGGUUUUAUCAUAAGCGGGGGAAGGAUUUCAUUUUUGAUCACCAGCACGCGCUGACCACAAGCACUCGACAUCUCGAGCUGCUCCAUUGGGAAAAAGCGUACCGAAUCCAUCUUUUUCUCAGACAGUAAGCAACACAUUUAUCGCAGGAAUCCCUUACUAUGUCCGUCAGCGCACGCGCGUCAGCUGAAAGCGCGUGUAGAAACUGCACAAACAAUUGAACACCACGCAAAUAAAUUAGUGAAAGAUCAAGCUUUGCAACCAGUGGGACGCGUUUGUCGUGGGAGGACCAUCCUCUCUUCAUCAAAGACAUCACAUCAGUCAUUCACUGUCAAGAAGCCACAAUAAUGACAGGACUUUGACACCCGCGUCUGGCACAUUGACUAACACACUUAGGACAGAUGUUUGUCAGGAAAAUGACGCCGAGCCAGUCCAGUUUGUUUGGAGAGAUAGAUGACCUGCAGGAUCUUACUUUCAUCGAGAGACCCAUACAAGCUGCAGUUUUGUCUUCUGUCUUUAAAUGCUCGAGUUCUUUAAACCAUGUUAUUAAUAUCACCAGCCACUUUUCUAUGUUGUUCAGUUCUGGUGAGGAUGUCCAACGGGCCAGCGUGAUCAUCAACCUGCCAAACCUGGUGCGUCAGAACCCAGCAGAGACAUUUCGCAGGGUGGUGCCAAAAGUCAGGGAAGUGCUUCAUGUAGCUGGGGCAGAUAUGCAGCUUGCCGCUGCAGGAUCUUUCCUGACCGUCCUCCAAGAUGACAUUGUCCUCAUCCAGACACACACCCACUCAAUCUUGCAGAUAGUUCUUCUGAAUCUCGACCACAGGGACACAGUGGUCAGCAAUGCUUGGUUGGAGACGUUGCUGUCAGCAAUUGAUGCUUUACCAAAGGAAACUAUCAGGCAAGAGAUCCUGAGUCCUCUAUUAUCGAAGCAUCAGCUCUCCCAGUCGGUUCCGGCACGUCUGGCCAGCUGUCGCAUCUUAGGAAAGGUUGUUGGCAAAUUUGAGUCCUCAAUAGUGAAGAAAGACCUUUUGCCACUGAUCAGGUCAUUAUGCCAGGACGUAGAGUACGAGGUGCGCGCCUGCAUGUGCCGCCAGCUGGAGAACAUCACCAGGGGAAUUGGAUUGGACCACACUAAGGUUGAAGUGCUCCCUGAACUGGUUGAGCUGGCCCAAGAUGAAGCCAGUACUGUGAGACUGGCAGCUUUCGAUACCAUCAUCAACCUCUUAGAAAUGUUUGACAGUGAUGACAGAACUUGUGUCAUAUUUCCCUUGGUGAAGGCAUUCUGUGAAAAAUGCUUCAAAGGGGAUGAGGCAGUGCUGGCCUCCUUGUCCUUCCAGUAUGGAAAGCUUUGUCAUGGGCUCUCAGAGUCUUUUACUGACGAGCAGCACCUCUGGUUUCUGGAGUUUUAUAAGAAGUUGUGCUGUCUGGGUUUGCAGCAUGAAAAUGGGCAUUGCGAGAGCCAGCCCUACCCACUAGAGCUGGAGAACAAAUACGCCCUAGUGCGCAGGAACUGUGCAUACAAUUUUCCUGCCAUAGUGUUAUUUGCCGAUCCAAACCACUUUCUGUCUGAAUUAUAUCGUACUUUCUCAAGUCUUUGUCAUGAUCCUGAGAUUUCAGUACGGAGGACAGCAGCUGGUGGUUUCCAUGAGGUGGUCAAAUUACUGGGCCCAAAUGUGCAUUACAUACACAAAGAGCUAAUCACUUUGCUGCAGGAUGACUCGUUAGAGGUAUUGGAUGCUCUGGUGAACAAUCUUCAAGAGACUUUAGAGCUGGCCACUUCCAGAGGGGAGGGAGCAGGACCUGAGAGCAAGCAGGUGAAUAUUCCAGACUUGGUGCCUGGUUUGGUAGCAGCAGAACAGAAAGCGGCAUCCUCGCUGCACUGGCGGGUUCAUGAGAAACUCCUGCAGUGCUACUCCUGUCUGCCCCGUGUCAUUUCUGGAGACCAGAUCUACUUCCGCUUCUUUCAGAGAAUGUUCAGCAUCAUCACUACCAAUAAUGUUCUACCAGUCCAGCGGGAAGCUGUCAGGACGUUAUGCGUGUUCUUGCGCUAUAACCGCAAACAGGAACAGCGUCAAGAGAUAAUCAGCAAAAUAAAGCAAGAACUUGCUCAAGGUAGAAGCUACUGGAACAGGCUUCGGUAUCUGGACCUGUGUGAAAUCACAAUAGACCUCUUCUCCAAGUCGUAUUUUUGUAAACAUUUCCUUAUUCCAGCGCUUGAGUUGGUCAGUGACCCUGUAGCCAAUGUCAGGUACAAGCUCUGUUAUAUGUUACCCAAACUGAGAUCCACCAUCAAGCCAACAGACAAACAUCUACUUCAGCAGCUGGAGUUCUGUGUGCGGAAAUUGUUGUGCCGUGAGAAGGACAAAGAUGUAGUGGCAACUUUGCGCAAGACAGUUCUGGAGCUUGACAAAAUGGACAUAACAGAGCCGUAUCAUAAAAGGCAUGAAAGAGAGCUUUUGGAUCAGAAAAAGGAGAAGGAGGAGACUCUUUUACUUGAAAUGGAACUGCUAGAACGACAGCAGAGUGAGGCAAAACUAGCUGGAGAUAAACAGUCAGAGAAGAAACAAAGAGACAGCAAGUCAGGCCUCUCUGGUAGUAAAGGAAUGUCAGGAUCUACAUCAGGAGCAACAUCAUCCUCUUCUGCUGGUAAGGAGAUGCGGAGGGCCAAACUAGCUCGCAGUCGUUCCCUCAGCGGUCAUCCCACGACAACCAAGAUGACAAACCCAGACAAAUCCUUAAAAGUGAAGGAUUCAGGAAGUUGCCCUGGAUCAGGAAAGAGCGCUAUGUUACCAUUAAAUGAUGAUAACCUGCGACCUCACCACUUCAAUGUUGCUUCAUCAAUCUCCUCCACCCCAUCCUCCUCCUCCAUGCCUGUCCUGAUCCGCAGCAACACGAGCAGCUCUGUGGAUCACCGGAGUAACGGGAAUAAAGACACACAGUCUAGGAAGCUCUCUGUACAGCGGAAGUCAAAUUCGUUUGGAAUGCAGUCUGGGAGAGAGUGAUAACCACCUUGCCUUCUGACUUAAAGCCCCUUUCUACAAGACUUUUCAUUCUGCAGCAGCAGUGACCCUCCAUUUUGAUGUGUCCAUUCUCUUCUAUACCAGAAACGGCUUAAGAUAUGCUGGGGCAUCAAUUAAGGUCUGCAUUGAU